AUGGCCGCCACCAAGAUUGAUGGCACGGCUAUCGCCAAGAAGAUCCGCGAGGGCUUAGCCGCCGAGGUUCUCGAGCGACAGGCCAUCAAUCCGAGAUUCCAGCCCUCCCUGAAGAUUAUCCAAGUUGGCGACCGAUCCGACUCUUCCACCUAUGUGCGAAUGAAGCUGAAGGCCGCCCAAGAGGCCAACAUUUCCUGCGAAUUGCUACAUUUCCCUUCAUCCAUCUCCGAGUCAGAGCUCCUCGAUCAGAUCUAUCGCCUGAAUGGAGACCAUUCAGUCCAUGGCGUUCUAGUGCAACUGCCUGUGCCGGAGCACAUCGACGAGUACAACAUCACCUCUGCUGUCGCCGAUGAGAAGGACGUCGAUGGCUUUGGCACGACCAACAUCGGAGAGCUUGCGAAGCGUGGGGGAGAGCCCCUUUUCAUUCCCUGCACCCCCAAGGGUGUCAUGGUCCUCCUGCAGGAAGCCGGCAUUGAUCUCAGGGGCAAACAUGCAGUCGUCCUUGGACGAAGCGACAUCGUCGGUAGCCCCGUUAGCUACCUCCUCCGUCACGCCGAUGCAACUGUGACGGUCUGCCACACCAAGAGCCAGAACCUGCAAGAUCAUCUCAAGACCGCAGACGUUGUCAUUGCGGCCAUCGGGCAAGCUGAAUUCGUGAAGGGCGAGUGGCUCAAGCCGGGCGUCGUCGUGAUCGACGUCGGCACCAACUUUGUGCCUGACGACACCAAGAAGUCGGGUCAGCGUCUGGUUGGCGACGUCCACUACGAAUCCGCCUCGCAGGUUGCGUCGUACAUCACUCCUGUACCCGGUGGCGUGGGUCCCAUGACUGUUGCCAUGCUCCUGCGCAAUGUGGUCGACGCGGCCACCAAGUCUCUCGAGCGGCAGAAGCUGAGGAAAAUUGUCCCACUGCCCCUGCACCUCAAGAACCCUGUGCCUUCGGACAUCGAGGUAUCGAGGCACCAAACCCCCAAGCAGAUCACUCGACUCGCCCGGGAAAUUGGCAUCGCCCCCCACGAGCUCGAGCCCUACGGUGCCUACAAGGCUAAAGUCAACCUGGACCUCCUGAAGAGGCUCGACCAUCGGCGCAACGGCAAGUAUGUCGUCGUCACCGGCAUCACACCGACACCGCUAGGCGAAGGCAAAUCGACCACCACCAUGGGCCUUGCUCAGGCUCUAGGUGCACACCUUGGUCGCCUCACGUUCGCCAACGUGCGGCAGCCCAGCCAGGGACCGACGUUCGGCAUCAAGGGCGGUGCGGCGGGAGGCGGCUACAGCCAAGUCAUUCCCAUGGACGAGUUCAAUCUUCAUUUGACGGGUGAUAUCCAUGCCAUCACCGCGGCGAACAAUCUGCUCGCGGCGGCCAUCGAGACACGCAUGUUCCACGAGAACACGCAAAAGGACGGCCCUCUGUACCGUCGGCUGGUCCCGGGGAAGGGCGGCAAGCGGGAGUUUGCCCCCGUCAUGUUCCGACGUCUGAAAAAGCUGGGCAUCGACAAGACCAACCCGGACGAUUUGACCGAGGACGAGAUCCGCCGGUUUGCCCGGUUGGAUAUUGAUCCGGACACCAUCACGUGGCGCCGCGUCCUGGACGUCAACGACAGGCAUCUGCGGGGCGUCACGGUUGGCGCAGCGCCCACGGAGAAGGGCCAGACGCGGUAUACCGGCUUCGACAUCUCGGUCGCCAGCGAGUGCAUGGCCAUUCUAGCGCUGAGCACCAGCUUGGCCGACCUACGAGAGAGGCUGGGCCGCAUGGUGGUGGCCAGCUCUCGAAGCGGCGACCCGGUGACUUGCGACGACGUUGGCGCGGGUGGCGCCCUCACGGCGCUGAUGAAGGACGCCAUCAAGCCCAACUUGAUGCAGACUCUGGAAGGCACCCCCGUCUUCGUGCACGCGGGUCCUUUCGCCAACAUCAGCGUUGGCAACAGCUCGAUCAUCGCCGACAAGUUGGGGUUGAAGCUCGUGGGCACGGAGCCCGAGGAGGACUACAACGAGAAGGCGGGCUUCGUGGUGACCGAGGCUGGUUUCGACUUCACCAUGGGCGGUGAGCGCUUCUUCAACAUCAAGUGCCGCGCCUCGGGACUGGUGCCCGACGUCGUGGUGAUUGUUGCUACGGUGCGUGCUCUCAAGGUUCACGGAGGCGGUCCGCCCAUCGCACCGGGUGCGUCCCUGAGUCCGGUCUACAAGGAGGAGAACGUCGAGAUCCUCCGGGCGGGCUGUGUGAACCUGGCGAAGCACAUCCAGAACGCCAAGGCGUACGGCGUUCCCGUCGUAGUGGCCGUCAACAAGUUCUCCACCGAUACGGACGCCGAGAUCGCGGUGGUCCGGGAGGAGUCGAUCAAGGCGGGUGCCGAAGACGCCGUGCUGGCGGACCACUGGGCCCUGGGCGGCCAGGGCGCCGUGGAGCUGGGCAAGGCGGUGAUCGCGGCAAGCGAGAAGCCCAAGGACUUCAAGCUGCUGUACGAUCUCGAGGGUACGGUACAGGAGCGUAUCGAGGCGAUCGGGCAGAAGAUGUACGGUGCGGCGGCGGUCGAGUUCAGCGAACUCGCGCAGAAGAAGGUGGACCAGUACGCCAAGCAGGGAUUCGGCAACCUGCCCAUUUGCGUUGCGAAGACGCAAUACUCGUUGUCUCACGACCCCGACCUGAAGGGUGCGCCGACCGGUUUCACGGUGCCCAUCAGGGACGUCAGAAUGGCCGCAGGUGCAGGAUAUCUGUACGCUCUGGCGGCGGACAUCCAGACGAUUCCGGGUCUACCGACGGCACCGGGCUACCUCAACGUGGACGUCGAUGUAGAGACGGGUGAAAUUCAGGGUCUGUUCUAG